UCCGCAGCGUCAGGGCCCCUCGAUGGGGGGGGCAGAGGACUUUGCGGCCGGCGGCGUGGCCGGGAUGGUCGCGCGGACGGUCAUCGCACCUGUGGAGCGCAUCAAGAUCGGAUUAUCUACCAGACCCGCGUCGGCAAGAGCGCCAGCCAGGGCUGGCUGGUGCUGAUCCGGAAGGUUGUCGACGAGAGCGGCGGGGGCAUAAGGGGCGUCGCUGCCUUCUGGAGGGGGAACUCGAUCGCCGUCAUCAGGGUAUUUCCUUACCUGGGGGUCCAGUUGGCCUCCAACGAGUACUUCAAGAAAAACCUCGACUACCUGGGCAGGUCGGCAGGCCUGCCGAUGACCCGCGAGGUCCGCAACUUCUUCGCCGGCGGGGGCGCGGGCAUGACCGCCGUGAUGGCGACGUAUCCGCUGGACCUGGCUCGGGCGCGGAUGGCGCUCCUGAUCGAGCAGGGAGGCGUGGAGGUGCCGUCCAUGCUGGGCACCAUGCGCGGGGUGUACGCCAACGAGGGCGGCGUUCGCGCGCUGUACUCCGGCGCAGGCGUCUCCUUGACGGGAUUGAGCGGGGAUCUACUGCGGCGUAAAGUUCGCGUCCUACGACAUCUCGAAGAAGCCUGUGCAGGAAGCACCUGCUGCCAGACCCAGACGAGCCCCCCAGCGCGCUCCACCGCGCCCUCAGCGGCGGCCUCGCGGGCGUCUUCGCGCAGACGUUCGUGUAUCCCUUCGACGUGUUGAGGCGGCGGUUGCAGACCGGCGGCGCCUCCGCGAGGGAGAUGAGAUGAAAAGUACCCUGGCACGAUCCGGGGCUUGUGGCGCCUCUACUCCGAGGAUCGGAACAAAGAGAAAGGCUUCGUGCGCGGGCUCUACCGGGGGUGCUCCCUCAACUACCUCAAGACACGGACCUGACGGUGCCGAACACCACGGUGUACCUGGCGCUGUUCGACUUCCUCCGGGACCUGAUCCACUAGGCGAGCGCCCCUGGUCCGCCCCUGGAGGCCGGGUCUGGCAUCGGCUGGUGCGGCUGCGGUGGUGUCGGCGUGAGCAGGCUGCCCGCCAGCGUCGCCGGGCAGAGGCGGGGGGCGCGCCUUGUUUUCGAUCCAGGCGCAGGGCUAACCGCUAAAGGUCUUUAGUUUUG